CGGGACGUCGCAGGGUUCUCAAGCCUGACGCAUCGGCUUUUUAGACAAACGCAUUUAAAGUAGUUUGCACGCUCACAUGCCACACUUUGUGUUUCCCACGCUGAGAAGACAACGCCCAUCAAGUUGUAGGCUACAUUAUGGACGAGACGCAGACACACGGAGUGAGGUUUCUUGCUGCCAGCACGCAUCGGUCGCCCAUGUUUUAAACAGUCUCGACCAACAUAAAUUCGUUACUAGGCAACAUAGUCUCGCGAACACACGGAGCAGAAAAUAUGGCACGACAUAACCACCCUAUAGUUGGGGAUCUCAGGAAAACCGCCCCGAUGCCAGAGGAUACGCUAAAGGUCCAGGGCUACGACUUUAACCAGGGAGUGGACUACCGGGCCCUGCUGAAGGCUUACCUAACCACAGGCCUGCAGGCCACUACAGUUGGAUUGGCUAUUCAAAAGGUCAACGCAAUGAUCAAGAGGCGUCAGCAACCGCUGGAGGGAGGUGUUGAUGAAGACCCAUCAACCUGUCCCUGCCUGAAGAGCUGCACCAUCUUCCUCAGUUACACCUCCAACCUCAUCAGCAGCGGACUCAGGGAAACUAUCCGCUACCUCGCAGAACACAAAAUGGUGGAUGUCUUAGUGACCACAGCUGGAGGUAUAGAGGAGGAUCUGAUGAAGUGUUUCAGCCCGGCUUACAUUGGAGACUUUACUAUGUGUGGCAAGGAUCUGUAUGAAAAGGGCCAUAACAGGGCUGGAAACACUCUGAUCCCACAAGGAAACUAUGUUAAGUUUCACAAAUGGAUGCCUCCAAUCUUGAAGCAGAUGCUGCUGGAGCAGAAAACUCAGGGCGUUUGCUGGACUCCAUCUAAGAUGAUCCAUCGGCUGGGCAAGGAGAUCAACAACCCUGAAUCUGUCUACUUCUGGGCCUACAAGAAUCACAUCCCGGUGUUCUGCCCUGCCCUAACAGACGGCGCUAUAGGAGACGAGCUCUUUGUCUUCUCAGCUGAAAACCCGGGCUUGAGACUUGACAUAGUUGAAGAUAUUUCAAAGUUGAACAGCCUCGCAAUUGCUGCCAACAGCACAGGUAUGAUCAUCUUGGGAGGAGGUGUAGCCAAACACCAAGUAUGCAAUGCCAAUUUCUGGAGGAAUGGAGCGGACUAUGCAGUGUACGUGAACACGGCUCAGGAGUUUGAUGGUUCUGACUCAGGGGGCAGUCCUGAGGAGGCCAUCUCCUGGGGCAAGAUCAGUGUAGAUGCUAAACCUGUGAAGGUGUGUGCAGAUGCUUCCAUUGUUUUCCCCCUACUGGUGGCAGAGACCUUUGCAGUCCAUGCUAAUAAGAUGACAACUGGCAAAGAAAAGAAAUGAACUAAUUGUCUGGAAUGCAAAGCUUCAGAUGGAAUCAGUCAUAUUGUAAACCUUGAAAAUGAAAAAAUAUAAUUCUGGGCUGUAUAAAAUUAAAUUGACUUGCUU